UGUGCCAAAGUUGUUGUGGCAUGAGAGUGGUGCCCAGCCAGUGGUGCCCAGUUAGUGCUGCCCAGUUAUUUCUGCCCAGUUAGUGCUGCCCAGUUAGUGGUACUAUUCAGCUGAUGGUUAUCAAGUGGUGCAUGUUUUUAUUCUAUAUCCCAACGCUCUGAUGUCUCAGGACAACAUUAGUUUACACUGGAUGUGUUUUCCUGUCUUGUAAGGCUGAAGCCGAAGUAGACGUUGAAUGUUCUAGGUUGAUCAAGUUGCUGGUUAACGGAUAAAACAAUGUGUUAAAGUCUGAUCAACUCAAACUGCUGAGGACCAAAAAUAAUAAUCUCCAGUUGACCGGAAGAAACAAACUGUUGGGACCGGAAGUAAAAAAAAAAUGAGGUGUAGAAAACGGGAAUAACGAUAAAAAGGGUACUGGAAGUUGAAUUUCAAUAAUGGAUUAUCUAAUUCAAGCCGGAAGUGAUUAUCUGAUGACAUCAGAAGUAACAAUCUUCUUACACCGGAAGUGGCAGUCUGUUGAUAACCGCACUUACGAUCAGAUGAGAACUGGAAGCUAGAAAGAACAGUCUCUAAUUACAUUCGGAUUGUGGAUCUGUAAAUGCCUGGAAGUAACAAUAUAUAAGAAUUAACAAUCCACUAAGGACCGGAUUCAGCAAUCUAUUCAGGAGCGGAGAUAAAAAAGAAAUAUUUUUAAAAAAUAAAAUCUUUUACACACUUUUCAUAAUGUGGGACCCCGACAAUUUGCAUCAGCUAUUUUAUAGCAUAAUGCAUGAUUUAAAAAUACACCCUCAGAACAUGACCGCUGUUGAGCUAGCGACGACAACAGCUCGGGUCUUGUAUUUGCACUACAAACGAAAUCCCGAAUUCGUAAAAAACAGCACCAGGUUAUCUUUACUGAUGUGUUUUUUCCUUCUUUUUUACAUCAUCUACUACAAGAUGACGAAGCUCAGAGUCCCAUGCAAGAGGCGCCUGAAGCAUCUCAUACUGGGCCGGACGCCGUCCCAUUUUGUGGCCCAGAACGGCUACGUCGUGCUGGAUGACGUCUUACGUCAGUACGAACACGUCCGGGACGUCCUCGGUAACACGCCUUUGCAUUUGUGUGCCCAAAGCGGCCAUGUUGAAAUCGGCGCGAUCUUCGUCAAAAACGGUGCGGAAAUCAACGCCAAGAGUGGUAUUUUUAGACACGGGAAAACCCCUUUGCAGAUCGCAGCUGAAAAUGGUAACGCGGAGUUCGUGCGGAUGUUGAUUGCAAGUGGGGCGUCUGUGGAUGUGCAGGGCUUGGAUAAGAAGACGGCUUUACAUUUAGCAUCAGAGAAGGGGUGUGGUAGAGUGGUAGACGCGCUGCUAGAAGCCAGGGCUUGCGUGAAGUUAAAGGACUCUAUGGGGAGAACGGCUUUACACUACAGCGCAGAGAAGGGUCAUGGAGACAUUCUACGGGCGCUGUUGGACGCAGGGGCGUCGCCAAAUAUCCGCGACAGUGAUGGUAAAACAGCUUUACACUACGCUGCCAUCAAUGGACACAAUGAGACAGUUUUAGUUCUGGUAAAGGUUACAGAUUUUAUCGACACCGGAGACAACAGCGACAAAACAGCUUUACACUCCAGCUCCCAGAGAGGUCACACGGAAGUCGUGAAGACGUUACUGGAAGCCGGAGCCGGCGUUGACGUCAGGGACGUGCUCGGGAAAACCCCGCUCCACUACAGCGCCGGGUCCAACGCCGUUGACGUCAUGAGAUUGCUCCUGCCGAGAGUGGGUGACGUUGACGUCACGGACAACUGUGGCGUCACGCCCCUGGAUGAGGCGCGGAAACAAAAUCACGAUGACGCAGUGGCUGUGCUUAGGGGUCGCGGGGCGAAAGGGUCAUGUGACAAUCAAGGUGGAAAGAAAACAUCUAUCGGUGCUUUCAAGUGUCGAUGGAAAUUUCCGAAAAUUUUUAUACUGAGAAAUUAUCCAGAAUUUCGUAUUAAAAGAUCGACAGAAUCCAAAUGGAAAAUCCCGAACCUGUUCCCAACAAAAAAAUCUUCUACAACCAAAACACACAAGACACAACCUAAAUCGUCAUCAGGCCGCUGCCCUAAACUCCCAUGUCGUCUACCUUUGAAUGAUAACAGUACUGUAAUCCCUCUGGGGCUCGACUCACCGUUUUCUUUCUAUGGCGAUGAAUCUCCGCAUUCGACUCCAUUUUAUCAUGACAGUGCCCGCUGUUCCAGAUUGGAUAAAGACAACGUCUUUCUCUCAAUGCCCUUUGACACGGGCACUUCUGCCUAUUUCGACACGGGUACAAGAACACCCGUAGAUGACGGAGGCUUGUUGUUAUGUGACCUUCAUACAAGCAGUGAAGUUGAAGUCAUCGGUGGUAAUACCAUGAUUGGUUCAAGCCAGAUUAGACCUAUAAAUACAAGCCGAUCAGGACCGUCGGGCAAACGCCAGAAGAGACGCAUUAAAACUAGACAUUCUAAAUCCACUAAAAAAUGCCAGUCACCACCUCUUGAUGAAACUGUUCUGAAUAUCACUGACCACGGACCAAUCUCGAUGAAGUAUGAUCAUUCAAGCGUAGCAGAUGUGCAACACCACGACAACAACUGUCCAGCAACACUUCCAGAUACAGCAGUUACAAAUUACCAGAACAAAAUCUCAACAACGUCAAAUAUGGCGAUGUAUGUUCAAGGGACUGAUAAAACAGGGCAUAGAAUUGACAGCAUAGGACAACGAGAAACAGGAGUUCCUGCAGGUAGCACAGGUGCACAAGUUUCAGGACAGGUAGUGGCAGGAGAUGUCCUGGACGGGGUAGUCAAGGGAAACAACCAAGUUACAUGCCCAAUGGAAGGAGAAGAUGGAUCCACGGAAUGUGGUGAAACAUGGAGGAAAGAAAACACAAGAGAAUUUUCUUCAGCUGAUCAGGACUGUCUCUGUUAUGGUAACCAUCUUGAGAAUCAGCAGUUCAAAGUUCAGAGGUCACCAAAUAGAUUCGUUUUGUACAAGUUCCGGUUAAGACAACGAAGGAGAUCUGUGUAUAAGAGCAGUUUGGCCAGAUCAAUUGACAACCAAAUGGCCAAUAAUUUCAGGUUUACUAAAAGAGGUAGGAUCCUUUGUCGUAGCAAGUUGCGCAACGAGGAAAACGCUUUGAGAAAUAAUAUACCCUCUGGUAACGCUAAAACCGGCGGAUGUAAACUGGUAGAUGGUUGCUCAGCUGGUUAUUUAAAAACUAACACAAGAUUAACCAGGAAACAACUCACAGCAAACAAACAAGAACUACACAAUCAAAACACUGACAAGAAAACUAUAAACAAAACAAAACAAAAGGACACGGAGAAUCAGAAAAAAAAUUCAACCACAGCAGACUCAAUGAAUGUGGGCUAUUUUGGGUUUGUUAAAGAAAACAAACCAACCAGAACGGGUUCCUUGACCGAUACAGACGGCUGCAUUCCGGUACUGGCUGUGCAGAAUUUGAUUGAGUGUUGUCUAAGUACCGCGACAAACAAGAAAACUGGGAAACAAAAAGCCAGUAGGAUUGGGAAGAAUAUUGUAACUUUUCAACUAAAAUACUCCCCAAACAUCAUACACCAUUGCAAUGAGUUGCAUGUCGAGAAUGUGAAAUACCUGGCUACUGACAGCAAUCAGAACAUCUUCAUUGGGCACGUCUAGACUCAAAUUAUUGACACCCCUCUAGUGACACAUAAAAGGUGACAUCUGCAUUGGGCACGUCUCGAGUCAGAUUGAUGACACCAUUUUAGUGACACCUGUAUGGUGACAUCUUCAUUUGGCAUGCCUACCGUCAGAUAAGUGACACCACUUUAGUGACAUCUGACAUAUGCACUGUUGACAUCCUCAUCGGUCUCCCUGGGAUUACAAUGUGAAAUCAAUAAACUCUGUUAUUUGUUUUGAUAUUUUUAUUUAAAUUUUCAAUAAUGUACACCUUUGCAUUUUAAUCCGUAUUGUUAUACUAUUGUGUUUGUUUAAUGUAAAUUGUUAUGUUAUUGCAGCCGGUCCAAAUGUUUAUUUAAGUACAGAUAUAACAAGUGUGAUAACACGGAGGCCUUAAAUAUUAUUAUAUUGUUAUAAACUAGGGCAUUCUUAAUAUAUUUUUUUUUUCUAUAUUUCAACCAGUCACUGCAUUUUAUUAAAGGAUUGGCACUUGUAAGAGAUCUGUGUUUUUAUCUAUAUUUAGAUAGACUUCCACAUUUACACUGUAAAGCUUUUAUACUUAACUAAUGAAAGACAACAAUGGCACCUUAUGUCAAAACAAAGUACGACAAGAUUUUAGGUAUUUUAAAAAAAUAGCCAGUUAUCUCUCUUACAAUAUAUGUACUUAAAAUAAUUAUACGAUUACUAUUUUA